AUGAUAGCAAUAGAUACAGUCGUGGAAAAUAGCAAAGCAUUGAAAGUUAAAUUUACGAAUGGUGAAUCGAUAGGUUUUGAGAAUGUUUGGCUGAGAGAUCAUUGCAGAUGUUCAACAUGUUACCAUGCAAGUACGUUUCAGCGAGCACAUCAUUUGAUAGACAUUCCGGAUGUAGACAUCAGCAGCGUCGAAAACGACAAGAGUCAAAUCACAAUCACAUGGAACGACAAACAUAAAUCAAUUUACAAAGUAGAUUUUUUGUUACAAUUUAAUUACGAGAAAUGGAAGGAGAGUCGCAGACUGAGACCAUUAUUAUGGUGCGGCAAAGAAGUUAAUAAUAAAGUUACAAAAAUUCAAGUGGACACUUUUCUCAAUACCCAGGAAGGGGCGAAGGCUGUUUUUCAAUCUCUUCUAGAUUAUGGAGUUGCCCUUAUUAAAAAUGUGGACGCAUCAGUAAAAGCAACAGAGACAGUUUGUAAAGCUCUUGGUGGAGUACAACAUACUAUGUUUGGCGGCAUGUGGGAAUUUACUACUGUGCAAGAUCACGCAGAUACCGCAUACACUAAUUUACCUUUGGCUGUCCAUAACGAUAACACAUAUUUCAAUGAGGCAGCAGGAUUACAAAUACUACAUUGCCUUGAACAUAGUAAUGGCGCGGGUGGCGAUACGUUACUGGUGGAUGGGUUUUAUGGAGCGACAAAAUUAAGGGAAGAGCACCCGGAGGAGUUUGAAUUUUUAACUAACUUUGACGUAGAAGCGGAGUAUUUAGAAAAUGAAUAUCAUUUCAGAUAUUCAGCUCCUGUCAUACGAUUGAAUAAAAUGAAUGACAUCACACAGAUUAGAUAUAACGUCUACGAUCGCUCAACGAUGGCAUUUUCCAGUGCCGAAGAAUGUAGACUCUACUAUCGUUCCUUACGGAAUUUGUCAAGAUACUAUGAAAACCCUGAAUUUCAGUGGAAAUUUAAACUUAAACCAGGUAUAGUCAUGGUGAUGGACAACUUCAGAGUACUUCACGGCAGAACUGGCUUCAGCGGGAAACGUGUUCUGUGCGGAAGUUACGUGUCACGCUCUGAUUGGUUGAAUAAGGCACGUGUUCUUCAUCUUAUACAA